CGCUAAUCCACUCAAUGAGGGUCGGGCUGGGCGUCUCGCUUUGAAAGGAUCGCAUCAGGAAAACAAGGAUGCGGUUGAGUUACGAACGGGGAUUGUGAAGGGUGAAGAACUGAAAUUAUUCGCCUUGAACUCAGUCAGCAUUUGAGUUUGGCAUAUCGAUUUAACAUUCUGACCACCAAACUCUACUGAAAACUAAGAAAAGGAGUCAUAGUGAGCAAGCUGACAACAAAAGGACUCCGGAGUCGUGGGUGUGAGGUGUGAGGCGUGAGGCGAGGGUACGAGGGUGAUGCUCCAGAGGCUUGCAGACGGGGCCAGAGUUUCAGGACCGAACAGGCAGCUGCGGCCGAUGGCAUAGACCCGCGGCGCGACGGCUGUUGGCCUGGGGAGCGGCAGUCCCUGCGAAAGCGACCGGCGGGUGCUCCGGGCGCACGCCGCUGCUCCGACGCCCCUGCGUGACGCUCGGCCGGCGGGAACCAUGCCGGCCCUGUCCACCGGAUCCGGGAACGACACGGGUCUGUAUGAGCUGCUGGCCUCUCUCCCCUCCCAGCUCCAGCCUCAUCUGGGCAGCCAGGAGGACUGUGCCUUUCUGCGGGACAUGUUCGGGGAGAGGAGCCUCCACUCACUGCUCAAGAUCCAUGAGAGGCUGCAGAAGUAUGAGAAUCAGAACCCCACUCCGGUCCUGGACAGCGCUGGGACCCUGGCCCACGAGGUGACGCAGGAGCUCCAGAACAAGGCGGUCAGCGCUGAGAUGGGAGAGCUGCUCAGACUGCUGGAUAAACCUCAUGUCAAGGGUUUGUUGUCCGUCCACGACACGGUGGCUCAGAAGAGCUACGAGCCCGAGCUCCCGCCUCUGCCGGACGACAUCGACGACGACGAGGACUCCGUGAAGAUCAUCCGGCUGGUGAAGAACAAAGAGCCGCUGGGAGCCACAAUAAAGCGGGAUGAACAAACGGGAGCCAUAGUGGUAGCUCGAAUAAUGAGAGGAGGUGCUGCAGACCGGAGUGGCCUGAUCCACGUGGGCGAUGAGCUGAGGGAGGUGAAUGGAAUUCCGGUGGAUGACAGGAAGCCAGAGGAGAUCAUUCACAUCCUGGCGCAGUCCCAGGGGGCCAUUACGUUUAAAAUAAUACCAGCCAUCAAAGAAGAGACGCCUAGCAAGGAGCCCAAGAUGUUUGUCAAGUCGCUCUUUGACUACGACCCUAAAGUGGAUAAAGCCAUCCCCUGUAAAGAGGCAGGGCUGGCCUUCAAGAAGGGGGAUGUCCUUCAGAUCAUGAGCCAGGAUGACGCAACUUGGUGGCAGGCCAGGCGCGAGGGAGACGCCAACCCCAGAGCAGGCCUCAUCCCCUCCAAACAGCUCCAGGAGAGGAGGUUCGCGCUCCGGCGGCCUGUAGCCGUUGUUCAGCCCCAGAAAACCUCCAACCGAAGAUCAUAUGAUGUGGCUGUUGAAUGUGAGGACGGUGACAGUGGCGCCUAUAUAAGCGGAUUCCACAUAGCUGGUCUGCGGAGGAGCUUCCGUCUCAGCAGGAGGGACAGGAAGACUAACAAGUCGAUGUACGAGUGCAAGAAGAGUGAUCAGUACGAUAUGGCCGACGUCCCCACCUACGAGGAGGUCACCCCCUACCGCAGGCAGCCUGGGGCCCGGCACAGGCUGGUGGUUCUGGUCGGGCCGACGGGGGUGGGUUUGAACGAGCUCAAGAGGAAGCUGCUGAUCUCGGACCCGCAGCAUUUCAGCGUUACCAUCCCACACACCACCAGGGCUAAGAGGAAUCAGGAGAGCGAUGCUGUGGAGUACUACUUCAUCUCCAAGCACCUGUUUGAGACUGACAUCCACAAUAACAAGUUCAUCGAGCACGGCGAGUAUAAGGGAAACUACUAUGGGACGAGCCUAGACUCCGUGCGCUCUGUCCUUUCGAAGAAUAAGGUGUGCCUGCUGGACGUGCAGCCCCAUACCGUAAAGCAUUUGCGGACGGCAGAGUUUAAACCAUAUGUGGUUUUUGUGAAGCCUCCACCGAUAGAGCGUCUGCGGGUGUCCAGGAGGAAUGCCAAAAUCAUCUCGAGCAAGGAUGACAAGGGAUCGGCGAAACCGUUCACGGAGGAGGACUUCCAGGAAAUGAUCACCUCCGCCCAGGCGAUGGAGAGCCAGUACGGCCACCUCUUCGACAAAGUGAUCGUCAACGACGACCUCACAGCAGCCUUCAGCGAGUUAAAGAUGGCCCUGAAAAAGGUGGAGACAGAGACACAAUGGGUCCCCAUUAUCUGGACACACUCCUAACUAAAGUGGAGGAAGUGAAGGGGGGAAUAUGAAAGAAGAAAAAGGGAAGGACAUUUUUAUUUUUUCACAGGAAGUCCCUUAGAAGGCUUGCAAGGUUUCACUUCAUACGGUUGCGUGUGCAUGAGUGAGUGUGUGUACAUACGUGUGCGUGCUUGUGCGUGUAUGCGUGUACACACACAUACAUGCACACUGCUCAACAGCACUGGGAUAACUCGCUGGUUAUUCAUUCUUCCUGAAAGAGGGUUGCUUGCGUCUGUGUGAAAGCAGUGAAUGCACUGGAUUUGGGUUUGCAUAUGUACUGCCUGUGCUGUGCUGACGUGCCGUCUGUGUGACAGCCAACCAGCACUCUGCAGUGCAGACUUGUUGCUUAGUGUAUUUUUAGCAUUAGUUUAUAGAAACCAAAGGGAUUUAUCACCUGGAAGCAAGGUUUACAUGUACAUUUAUGUAUAGUGAACAGCCUCAAAGUGAAAGAGGGGAAUAACGUUUGCCUUCAGUCUUAAAGUAAAAAAAAACAAUGUUGACAGAACCCUCCAAUUUUAAAUUCCACUGAAGUAAGUUAAAAUGACAGAAGAAGAAAAAAAAUCACAGGUACAAGCAGAGGGCACUGUUAAAUUUUAUUUGAGAUGAAUUAAUAUAUUUUAAUAUUUUUCUGCUGUUUUUAUAUGCAUCUUUCCCAACUUUUUUAAAGAGCAAUACAGUUUAAAUACAGUGCAUUACCAAGAUAAUCAUUAAUGUGAAAGCCACUGUUAAUGGCUGUCCCAUGCAUCACAGCACAAGGGCCCCUCAUUCCCUGAACAGAACAUCAUUUUGUUCAGUUUUAUAUUUCAUGCAGGAGCUAUUUUAAGUCACCCACCCUUCUUCUGAUGGUGCCCAACAUAACAGUUUGCCAUUAAAGCGACCAGACUUUGGCUCUCCUUUACAAGAAAUGUUCUCAAUCUUGUGUAAUUAGGGUGGAGUAUAGUUGCAUUUAUUCUCAUAAAAUGAGUCUAAAACAAGGAACCUAACACAAGGUUCUAAGCAUUUCCAGAUUUACGGCUGCAAAUAACUGCAUAGCUGCUUCUGACUUAAGGGUCAUGGUUUUAUAUGUAAAAGGUUAGAGCUUGUGGUUAUUUGGGCACUUACUGAAUUUCUCUUGUUCUCUAGCUCUGUUUGUCUGUCUCUCUCUCUCUCUCUCUCUCUCUCAGUCUCUGGCUCACUUGCUCUCAGUCUCUGGCUCUCUUUCUUUCAUUCUGUUUCUCCUUCUCUCCCUCUAUCUUCCAUUUUGUUACUCAGAUUUCACACGUCGUUUGUCAGGUAUCGAUCAGUGAUCAGCGGUGUAGUGACUGUAUGUGUGUUGUUUGGGAGAAUAUAGCGAGGAAGACUCCAGCCUCUCAGUUUUCUGCCUGUCUUUCUGUCGAGCCCUGACCCCAGACUCUGAACAAUCUAGCUCAACAUUCCACUUAAAUACCUCUUUUAGUCCAGAUUAGGUCACCAGCACUGCACCUUUUGAUAGUUUCACUAGUUUGGAUUUCCACUGAUUGUUCUUGACAUUUGCCCUGGGUUUCUUCCAAUAUCUGAUGAGUGUCAUUUCGCUCUCUUGAUGCAAUGCAUUUAUCUCUCCCACAAAAACAGCACACAACCACAUCUGUUUUCUUAAAUUUCUAAAGACGAUGAAAAAGGGUUUUCUGUUUAUUGACAUAUUUACAUUUCAACUUAAUCCCACUGGAAGCCUGUUCAUUCGUUUCCCCCUCAAACUAUUAUGUGUAUUUUUUGGUUUCAAAGGUGCAUUGUUAAUAUUACCCUCUUAAUAUCAAUAUUCUUGAUAUCAAGUUUACCAUCUGUGCAAUUGAGCAGAUUAUCUUUUCUUACUGUACAAUUAAAUACUAUAUACACCAA